AGCUGAGGGUGGGUGUGACCGGUCAACAGGGAUGCUUACGAACUCCUCUUAGGCAAGUGUUCCCACCUUUGAAAAUGAGCGGGAAAUCACCCCAAGUUCAGAAAAUAGUGGUAGUUUGCUCUCUUACAAUAGUUGCUGGUGUUUUCAUCAACAGCUGGUACAGAACAUCCGGACUGAAUCAGGACAAGUCUUUACCUAGAAGCUCCUCCAAUACUGUUCCAAACACUGAUAUUGAAUCAAAAACGAAAUCAACAAAAUGCGGGGAAACGGACCUUGAUUUUAAGCUCUCGGGGAUCGAGACAGUCAAAUCGUUGAUAGGAAAAGUUUCGAUGAAAUUCAGAAGCAGAGACCAAGUGACUUGCUUACGAAAGAAUUUUACGAAAUCAAAAACUCAGCUGACGCCGGACGAAACUCAACGGAAGGUGGAGUGUAUUCGAAACUGGAAGAGGGACUACAAAGAGGGAUUAGGGUCAUUUUGGGCGGGAAAUACUCAAUAUAUACGUCAUAAUCACCACACAUAUUUAAGCUCGGAUAGUACUGUUUUUGAUAUUGGUGGAAACAAAGGCGAAGAUGCGGAGGCCAUUGUCAAGAGGUAUAAUCCUGGGAAUUAUGUGAUAUUAGAACCAAUCAAGACUUUGUACUCUAAUCUUGUCCACAUGUUCAAGAGUAAUAAUAGCGUGCUUAUAUAUAACUUUGGUCUUGCAAGGAAGUAUAACAAAAUGUACGUUAAUGUCGUCGGCAACGGAGGGGAUGCAACUUCCAUUUUUGCCGGAAAUGAUAAUGGCGGAAAUUGUUUACUACGCGUCGUAAACACGGCACAUUUUCUCCUGCGGAUCGGUGUUCCUUGUUACGAAGUCGAUCUAAUUACAAUCAAUUGCGAAGGCUGUGAAUUUGAAAUAAUGGAGGAACUUAUAGAUAGUGGAAUGAUAACUCAAUUUAGGCACGUGCAGUUUGCCACUCAUCCUACUUUGCGGCACCUCCAACAACCUGUAGAAAGAUAUUGUGGUAUUCAAGAAAAACUACGAAGAACUCAUAUAAUUUCUUAUCAGUACAAAUGGUGCUGGGAAAGUUGGAAAAGGAAGGAUUUAACAUAGCUACAUAUAAGUGUAUUUAGUAUACAUUGCAGCUCCAUACUUCAACAUCACUGUGCUUCAUUCGGAUAAAAAAUAAACCACAGUCAUUGCUUUUCGAAUUUUGAUGCAUUAAAAUUGAAAAUUCAACGGUAACUAUUGAAA